ACUAUUUUCUAGCAGAUUUGACUCCACCCCUAACAGCAGAGCGUUUAACCUGACGGCAACACUGACUGUGUCUUCUUCUUUCUCUCCGGCAGAAAUCACGAUGUCGACUGGAACGCUUUACACUUAUCCCGAGAACUUCCGUGCCUACAAGGCACUUAUUGCUGCCCAGUACUCUGGUGCUAAGGUGAAAGUGGCCGAUAACUUCAAGUUUGGCGAGUCCAAUAAAUCUGCGGAAUUCCUGAAGAAGUUCCCCAGCGGCAAGGUGCCAGCAUUUGAGACUGCCGAUGGCAAAUACCUGAGCGAGUCGAAUGCCAUUGCAUUCUUUUUGGCCAACGAGCAGCUGCGCGGUGGCAAAUGCCCCUUUGUGCAGGCUCAGGUGCAGCAAUGGAUCUCGUUUGCUGACAACGAAAUCGUGCCCGUCUCCUGUGCCUGGGUGUUCCCACUGCUCGGCAUUAUGCCGCAGCAGAAGAACUCGACGGCCAAACAGGAUGCGGAGGUUGUGCUGCAGCAGCUGAACAAGAAGCUGUUGGAUGCCACCUACCUCGCCGGUGAACGCAUCACUCUGGCCGACAUUGUUGUGUUCAGCAGCUUGUUGCAUAUGUAUGAGAAUGUGUUGGAACCCAGUGUGCGUUCCGCAUACGGAAACUUGAACCGUUGGUUCGUCACAAUCUUGAACCAACCUCAGGUUCAGGCUGUUGUCAAGGACUUCAAACUGUGCGAAAAGGCGCUGGUCUUUGAUCCCAAGAAGUACGCUGAAUUCCAAGCCAAGAAGCAACCACAACAGCAACAGCCCAAGCAGAAGGAGGAGAAGAAGCCCAAGGAAAAGAAGGAGGCAGCUCCCAAGAAGGCGGCCGAACCCGAGGAGCUCGAUGCUGCCGAUGAGGCUUUGGCUCUGGAGCCCAAGUCAAAGGAUCCCUUCGAUGCCAUGCCCAAGGGCACCUUCAACUUUGAUGACUUCAAGCGCGUGUACUCGAACGAGGAUGAGGCCAAGUCUAUUCCUUAUUUCUUUGAGAAGUUCGAUGCCGAGAACUAUUCCAUUUGGUUCGGCGAAUACAAAUACAGCGAGGAACUGGCCAAGGUGUUCAUGUCGUGCAAUCUCAUUACCGGUAUGUUCCAGCGUCUGGACAAGAUGCGUAAACAGGCAUUCGCUUCGGUGUGUCUGUUUGGUGAGGACAACAACAGUACCAUCUCCGGUGUGUGGGUGUGGCGCGGACAGGAUCUGGCCUUCACUCUGUCGCCCGACUGGCAGAUAGACUACGAGGUCUACGACUGGAAGAAACUGGAUGCCAAGAGCGAGGAGACCAAGAAACUUGUUACCCAAUACUUCUCGUGGUCCGGUACCGAUAAGGAUGGCCGCAAGUUCAACCAGGGCAAGAUUUUCAAAUAAAUGCAACCAAGUUAUUGAGAUUCAGCAGCAAAUGCAGCA